UCUGGCUUACAAUUACUACAUAAUCAUUUCUCGAUUCUUAUUGGUUAUAUUUGGAAAAGUUUCCUUUUUUUUAUAUCUGAAAACAAAAAUAAGUAUUGUAUAUUGCUUCAUAUUUAAUAUUAAUAGUGAAUAAUAAAUAAAUAAUAAAAAUGUUUUUUCAACAUUUAUUAAAAUUCUUCUAAACUCUAACUGUUAUAUAUCGUUAUAUAGUGGUAGUAUCGAAAGUGUAAUUAUUACUAUUGCAAUUUUUUGAAUUGUAUUAAGAUUCUGAAUUAUACAGAUAAUCAAUCGGCAAUGGUUAAUUUUUACAUAGGGAGGUGAAGUUGACGGACUUUAAUCAGUAUAUUAAAUAGGUAGCAGUUGUAUUAUUGCUGUAUCAUUGACUGCAUUUCUUGCUGAUUAUCGAAGCAAGUGGGUUGUUAACGUUGGUUCGAUUUUGAUAUUGAAAUUUUACAAUUAUUUAUCUUAAAUCGGUCUAAUCAAGAACACCUAAUAAAAAUGACAGAAUUACGUUUUGAUAAUCGUGUAGUUGUAGUGACAGGAGCUGGUGCAGGUUUAGGUCGUGCAUAUGCAUUAUUAUUUGCUUCUAGAGGUGCUAGUGUUGUAGUAAAUGAUUUAGGAGGUGGACGACAUGGUGAUGGUAAAAGUAGUCAAGCUGCAGAUAAUGUUGUAGCUGAAAUCCAAAAAAAUGGAGGAAAAGCUGUGGCUGAUUAUAAUUCGGUUGUUGAUGGUGCCAAAAUUAUUAAAACUGCUAUUAAUACAUUUGGACGUGUUGAUGUAGUUGUUAAUAAUGCUGGUAUUUUGAAGGAUAAAUCUUUUGCAAAAAUGUCAGAAAGCGAUUGGGAUUUGAUACAAGAUGUUCAUGUUAAGGGUGCAUUUAAAACAACUCAAGCAGCAUGGCCAUAUUUCUGUAAACAAAAUUAUGGCAAGGUCAUUUUUACUUCAAGUAAUAGCGGACUAUGUGGAAAUUUUGGUCAAACUAAUUAUAGUACAGCAAAAAUGGGUUUAGUUGGUUUUGCAAAUACUUUGGCAAUUGAGGGUGCUAAAAAAAAUAUAUGUAUUAAUGUGAUUGUACCAACUGCAGCAUCCAGACUUACAGAAGAUAUUAUUCCUCCUGAUCUAUUUAAGCAGUUAAAACCAGAAUUAAUAGCUCCAAUAGUUUUUUGGUUGUGUCAUGAAAAAUGCAAUGAAAGUGGGUCAGUUAUUGAAUCAGCUAUAGGUUGGGUAAGAAAAUGUGGUAUGGUUCGCUCAUCGGGAUGUGUUUUACGAAAAAAUUUAGAUGAUAUUGUCACACCUGAAAAUGUACAAGAAAAUUGGUCAGAUAUUGUUGAUAUGACAUCUGCUAAGCAUGCAUCUAAUAUGGAGGAAAUAGUAGGAGAUCAGAUGAAUAUUAUUGACGAUUUAAAGAAUGGCGUUUCCAAGAGAAAGAUUGAUGAUAAUGUUACAUACAGUAAUUACAAUGGUCGAGAUGGUAUUCUGUAUGCUCUUGGAGUUGGAGCAACUGUUCAAGAUCCAUCCGAUUUACGUUACUUGUAUGAAAACCAUGAGAAUUUUGCACUCUUACCUACUUACUACAUAAUUUUCGGCGUAUUGGGGUGCAUGCAAAAUCCAAUUAUAUCUAAUGCUCUACCUGAUUUGCAGAUAAAUCCUGUGAAUACAUUACAUGGAGAACAAUAUCUAGAAAUUUAUAAAGUAUUACCUGUAGAAGCUAAAGUGAAAACAGUCUACAAAGUUUUAGAUGUUCUUGAUAAAGGAAAAGGCACAGUGGUCUUAGUUCAACAUGAUACUUUUGAUGCUAAUAGUGAAGAAAAAUUAUCUACAGGACAGAUAUCGGUAUAUGUCGUAGGUGUUAGUGGUUUUCAAGGCAAGCGUACAUCUCCGCAUAUUAUUCCGAUUAUCGACCCACCUAAUCGCAAUCCAGAUGCUUCUGUUACUCAAAAAACUACUACUGAUCAGGCAGCAUUGUAUAGACUCAGUGGUGAUUUGAAUCCUUUACAUAUUGAUUCAAAUGUUGCUACAAUGGCUGGAUAUAAAAAACCAAUUUUACAUGGAUUAUGUUCUCUUGGAUUUUCUACAAGACAUAUUCUAAAUACUUAUGCAAAUGGUGAUCCAAGUUUAUUUAAAGCAAUAAAGGUCAGAUUUGCAAAACCAGUACUUCCAGGAGAAACAUUGCGCACUGAUAUGUGGCAAAAUGGCAACAGAAUACAUUUCCGAACAUCCAUUGUAGAAACCAAUACUGCUAUUAUUACAGGUGCUUAUAUUGAUUUAUUCAGUGUAAAAUCAAAAGUAACACCAACAGUUUCGACUCCAAUUGCGAAUAACAAUGAUCUAAAAAGUAAUGCAGUUUUUGAUACUAUGAAGGACUAUGUUAAAGCUAAUCCUGACCAAACGAAGAAAGUGAAUGCGAUUUUUCUUUACAAUAUUACUGUAAAUGGAAAUCCGAAAGCCCAAUGGACUUUGGACUUAAAGAAAGGUGAUGUGUAUAAAGGACAACCUACAUCAGGAAAAGCUGACACUACUUUAACUAUAGAAGACAAGGAUAUGAUGGAUAUUGCAACAGGAAAGAUAAAUCCACAAGUUGCAUUUAUGCAAGGAAAAUUAAAAAUUACUGGUAAUAUUAUGUUGACCCAAAAACUCAAAACACUCAUGGAAAUGAACAAAGCAAAACUAUAAUCUCAAUUUUACUUGAAUGAACGAAUGGUUAUAAUCUCAUUAUUAAACCAACAUUUCUAAGAACAUAGAAUAGGCAUGACCGAUGUUGCGUUUGUUACUGGCUACCCUUUUUUCUAAUGUUCUGGCACAAUUUAUUUGUCAUUUAUUUUUUUCUUAAAUUUUAUUUAUUUUUUACAUUUUGUUGCAUAUCUCAUGGUGAUAAUGUUUGCCAUUUCUUUCGUUGCAAGUAAUUUCUGUAUAAAUUUUAAAUCAAUUCAUUCAAUCGUUAGUAGACAGGGUAAAGUAAAUACGUUUAGAUUUUGAUAUGAAAUGUAAAAAUCUACAUAAAAAAACUUUUAUAUAUCCUAAGUAAUUCCGGAGAUAGAAUUGUUUGUUACAUUUUUCGCUAUAUGGAAAACAUAAGGUCGUGCAUAAGGAAGAUUUUUUUUAUAUCGAAUUGUUAAUAUCUUGUUUACUAGUUAAGUCCUUUCUAUAUAGUUUAUACAUUGUUCAAGGGAUUCGAGGGUAAAAAUUAAAUAUUGAUUUAAAAGAUUAUUUUUCAGGGAAAAUUCAUGCAUUAAAAUGUAUUUUAGCAUGUUUAUAAAAAUAAAAAAAUAUUUAUUAUAAAAUAA